UGAAAGUCAAACUGACAAUCUUAGCUGUCACUGAACUAUCAAAUGUCAGUGUCAAAUUAGUGAAAUAUUCAAAUUGGUUUAUUUAUGGUUACUUACACUGUUUACAUUCAUUCGCCGACAGUAAGGUUAAAUUUCACUCCGUAAGGAGAAUUGCGAUAUAUUUCACAAACAGUCAAUAAAAACCAUUCAAGCUGUCGUCCAAAGUGGAUAUUGAUAUGAGCCUUACGACAGAUUUCGGGCCAGAUUCUGGCGGCCGUGUGAAGGGUCUAACAAUAGUAAAGCCUAUAGUUUACGGUAAUAUAGCCCGUUACUUCGGCAAGAAACGCGAAGAGGAUGGACACACACAUCAAUGGACUGUUUAUGUAAAACCUUACGCAAACGAGGAUAUGUCGACUUACAUCAAAAAAGUUCACUUCAAACUUCACGAAAGCUACGCGAACCCCAAUAGGAUCGUGACCAAGCCCCCUUACGAACUCAUGGAGACUGGUUGGGGAGAGUUCGAGAUCGUUAUAAAGUUAUACUUUCAUGAUCCCAAUGAAAGACCACUUACUCUAUACCACAUACUGAAAUUAUUCCAAUCGCCAGUCACUGAAGGUACUCCCCCAACAUUUGGACAUGCUCUCGUCAGUGAAUCUUAUGAGGAGAUAGUAUUCCAAGAACCAACUCAACUAAUGCAGCAUCUGUUAAAGAAUGUCAGACCAAUUACGAAUGGACAUUGGAAACAUGACACGGACUUUGAAGAGAAGAAAGAGAAGACUUUAGAAAGAAUAAUAGAAGCUCAAACAAAAGUGAGGACAGAGAUAUCAGAGCUGAAAGAGAAACUUAGUCUUGCAAAGGAAACCAUAGCUAAGUUCAAGGAAGAAAUUGCCAAACUACAGAAUAGUUCAGGGAACAAUAUAAUGAUGUAAUUUUAAACGACAAAUGACAAAGACCAUUUUACAAAAAAAAAAACGUUGUAAAGCUAGUAAAUAAGUAACCAUAUUAUUGAAUAUUUAGUGUAAGUGUCUUCCAUAAGAAAAAAGUGGAUCAGAGAUUCAUAACCCUAACCUAAUGAAUGUACUCUCUGAAUUUAUUUAUUACUGAACUUAUUACUGAACUAUUACUUAUUACUGAAUUAGCUUCCAAGUGUAAUCAGUCUAUGCUAAAACCGAAAAAAAGGAAAAAAGGCUGUCAUUUCGAUUAUGGUAUUUCGUGUUUUUAUUUGGAUGGCAGUUCAUAUAUUGUAGCCAUUUGCCUUAUGUUUGGAAAUUGUUUAUCCAAACCAUCUAAUAUGUAGUACUAAUUACGUGUUCAGGUUUGAAGGGUGGAACAAUUAUUAUACUACAAGUGUACAAUUGAGAUUAACAGAUCAAUGCCUCCAAUGAACAUUACGCUAACUCCAAAUUCGUAGAUUUACAGGAGGAGCGUUUAAACGAAAAAAGUUGAUAAAAUCUUUAUUAUUGCAGAUAUAUUUAUGGUUUUUUUGUGUAACUAGCUGAUUUACUCUUGCUUUGAACCUCAUCAAUAAUGAUUAAUUGUAAUAAUACUUUUAACAUAGUGAAGCGAUUUGCGUGGAAAACUAAAAUUUCAAAAUUUUGAGUUAGAGUAGUGUUCAUUGGAGGCAUCGAGAUGAUUUCACAUCACAAUAUCUAUACACUGUGAAUACUGCUUAAUAAGCGAUAAAGAAAUUUAUAUAAAUGAAAAUUCAGAAGACUAUUCCCAAAUAUAAAGACUGAAUGAAAAGUCAAUGUAGUUUGAGUGAAAAUUAUUAUAGUAAAUUUAAGUAGUUUAAUGGGAUUUUUUCUGUUAAAAUUGAAGAAAACUGCUCAGACAGAAAAUCCAUUUUCAAAGAGUUUUAAAAUCGUCAUUUUCUCUUCCACUAGUUCCUCCUAAAUAGGAAUUCUUUAUUGUAUAAUAGUAUUUAAUAUCAUAGGUAUAAUGAUAUUAAAUACUAGUAUGCAGCGGCUUGGCUCUGCCCCUGGCGUUGCUGAAGUCCAUGGGCGACGGUAACCACUCACCAUCAGGUGGGCCGUAUGCUCGUCUGCCUACAAGGGCAAUAAAAAUAAAAAUAAACUGAACAUUUUUAUUUAUUUUGUGUGUGGAUGUUUAAUAUCUAAAAACAUAUCUCUUAAUAUACGUCAAAUGUAUAUCAGUUGCCAAUAUCAACAGGACAGGGCACAGGACACAAUUUGCCAGGAUUAAUUUCGUAGUAAAAUUGAUUAAAAAAAAUCUGGUAUGUCAGUAGUCGAUCGUAUGCUAUGUGAAUAUUUCUACUAAAAUAGUAAUAACUGUUAUCUAGGCUAGAAAUAGGGGAAUACAUUUAGACGGACUAAACGAAAAGUCUCUGAGGCAUAGUUAAUUGGCCUAAAAUUUGCCAAACAUGAACGAAGGUAGGUGUAUUUAUUUUAUCCUUAGCUUUGCAAACGAUUGUUUUUUCGUCACCCCGUAUGCAAAUUGUAAAGUAAAACCGCUGAUUACAAUCAAUGUGCUAUUGUAUAUUUAUUAUUUACAAACUUAUAAACGUUUAUAAAUAAAAAAAAUGUUUUUAAUAUAUUAUCAAUCAAUAAUUCACCUAUGUAGUGUAAUGAAAAAAAUUAGUAUUAUUAAAAAUACUUUUACAGGUUGA